CUAGAUAUUUGUGGGAUAGAUCUUAAGAGGUAUCCACCGCAGCAUAAUGCCUGACAGUGUAUUCAUUAUUGCUGCCUUCAUUAAUGCCAUUGAGGGGAUUCUGACAGGCGUGAAGGCACGCACAUAAAAAUUUAUUAGCGGCUGAAUCCUGACCAGAGUGCGACAGUGUGGCGUAUUGAUCUGCGCGAUCACUUUCUAGUGCGCACAGUCCACCGUAGGCGGGAGCAGCGGUGGUCAAGCCUGCUCUCUUUAGGAGGGGCCCCAGUGUGGAGGCAGCACUGUGCACUGUGGUGCAUACCGAAGCCCAGAUACAUGCCUGCAUUUCACUUGUGGCUAGCAGCUGUAUAGUUGCGUUCAGGGUCGAAUCAGGGGGAGCUUUGUGAACAGGUUCUGACUGCUGCAGGUGGCCAUAUUGUGGUGAUCAUUCCCAGUUAAAAUGUCUCAUCGGAGUGGGCAAGAGGACCCAGAGCGCUACCUGUUUGUGGACCGGGCUGUGGUUUACAACCCAGCCACACAGGCUGACUGGACGGCCAAGAAGCUAGUGUGGGUCCCCUCCGAGCGCCAUGGCUUUGAGGCGGCGGGUAUCCGAGAAGAGCGUGGCGAGGAAGUGCUAGUGGAGUUGGCAGAGAAUGGUAAAAAGGUGGUGAUCAACAAGGAUGACAUCCAGAAGAUGAACCCACCCAAGUUUAGCAAGGUGGAAGACAUGGCUGAACUCACCUGCCUGAAUGAGGCGUCUGUGCUGCACAACCUGAAGGACCGCUACUACUCUGGACUCAUAUAUACAUACUCUGGGCUUUUCUGCGUGGUCAUCAACCCCUACAAGAACCUGCCCAUCUAUUCAGAGAACAUCAUUGAGAUGUACAGAGGGAAGAAGAGGCAUGAGAUGCCUCCGCACAUUUAUGCCAUCUCUGAAUCAGCAUACCGCUGCAUGCUUCAAGACCGUGAGGACCAAUCAAUUCUUUGCACAGGUGAAUCAGGCGCUGGCAAGACAGAGAACACGAAGAAGGUCAUCCAGUACCUGGCCCACGUUGCUUCCUCACACAAAGGACGCAAAGAUCACAACAUUCCUGUGAGAGCCGUACUGCCUACGUUUCUCCUACACUAAACAUGGCCCCCUCUCCUCUAAAAUUCAAAUUUCAUUGAAAAACUGGCUGGCUUUAUCACUGUGUGAAUUAUCUCUCAAAUUAUUGCUGUGUUUUAAAAAAUGUCAGAAAGCUUGAGAAGGUUGAUUUCUGUCAUACAGUGAUUUUAUCUUACAACCCAUUAGUUUAGCUUGGCACAAAUCAGGAAACAGCAACA